AGUUUGGGUUUGAAUUUUCAGAACGUUUUGUGGCGUACACACGUACUGUGUGUUCUUGCGUUUCACUCAGAAAUUCUUAUCGACUGUCAUGAGUUGUUCUAAUUCUUCGAGCAUGGGCACUGUUUCGUGUCCAAUAAACUCGAACACUUUCCCUGGAAAGUUGUGGAAGCUUGUGAAUGGCGGACGGUUUCAGUCCAUUGGUUGGAGCAAUGGCGGAAGCUGCAUAGCAAUAAACGGCACAACCUUCAAAAAUGAGGUUCUUUACAACGACGAAUUCAGCGUCUUCAAAACUCAGAACUUUUCUAGUUUUGUACGACAGCUCAAUCUCUAUGGGUUCCGUAAACUGGCUGCGGUGUCCUCAAAGGACAGCAUGUCCGGAGAGGACAUUCAUCACUUCCAGAAUCCGUACUUCAACCGCAAUCGACCAGAGUUGUUGGGCCACGUUCGUCGGGCAAGUAGCCGCCGUCGAGGCGGCAGCGAGAACGCCGAGAACUCCUACUACACGACAACACCGUAUCGCUUCGGUCCAGGCUGUUCUUCCAAGGGUUAUCCGCAGACUCUGUUCCACCAUCAAGGGGUCACCUAUGCUCCAAUCAAGCAUGCCUCGCACUCUGAACCUCUCCAGGAUAUCAACAAUCGUUUCAAUCCGUACUACCGACCGAACUCCUUUGGCUUCGGUCCAGCGGGCCAGCAGUGCUUCAGCCGUGGGUGGGGAGCCGGCGGAGGUGUGCAGGGGCUCACGCUGGUAGCCAACACAGCCAGCGGUUCACUCACAGCUACUUGCCCAUCAGAACCUCGGCUUGUCGAUUUCCCAUCCUUGUACAACCAACAAGGACAGCUGAGGAAAUUUGUUGUGAUACAGGAAGACAUUGGCCACGUCUUUCAGGGGUCAAAUGGAGCAGGCUUUUCACUGCCAAGAAGAGACAACCUGUUGCUGUCCAACAGCUGUGACCCUAUGAUGUGUGCUGUUCCCCAACCCAGCCCACCUCAACAGGCACCUCCUCAAACCUUCAUUCUCUCCCCACCACAAGCGCUGCAGAGCCAGGUGCUGACCCAGUACCCAGGAACAUCGGGACCAGCCUUCCAAUCUACUCCUCCACAAAUUGCUUCUUGCCAAGGGGUGCCACCUCCUGAUGAGAGAUCAUCACCGAAGGUCUACACUGAGCUAUUGCCUAUGACAUCUGCCAAGAAGUGUGAUUCGAAUCUGCUGGCCAACAAAGUGGCGACAACCCUUCCCAUCACAGCCAGUUGUGGAAGCAUCGGAGCUUUGUCUAAUAUCAACAAUAACAAAGUGCCUUCAUUGUCUGCAACUUAAGCAGUUAAAUUUCAAGAGAGUUGAAAGAUGCAAAAAUAUCCACCCUACAAGAGAUAUGUUUUUCAUCUUUGAGGAUUUAACUUGUUAACUUGUAUUUAAAUGAAUAUCAUUUUAUUUUUUUAAAAUAGUUUUAAUAUGAUUUUAAUUUUCCAACAAGGUGUUGUAAAAAAAAAUUUGAAAACAUGUAAGUAAUUAUAUUAAUUUAAAUUUCUUUAGAUUUUAUGUAACUCUUCCAAUAAUAACUAGUCAAGACCUGAAUACCGUUGCAGAGAUAUUAUUUGGACAGACUAAUUCUAGAUGACAUUUUAUGAAAAAUUAAAAAAAACAAUCAUUGCCUUUUGUUGUUUCCUCAUUAUUUAAAAAAAAAGAGUAGGCCUGAUUUAGUUUAAAAUUAGUCAUUUCAUUUGGUUUGAGUUUGGCAUGAUAUAAGUAGCAUGUAGCAUAGAUAUCUGGGACUAUUUGGAAGUAGGGAACAUAGUGACCUUGAAUAGAGACCUGACUGUAUUAAUGUAACUUCAAUGUAAUGUGGUCAUAUCUAGUCAGAUAUA